UUCCGGUCUAGUACAUGACGUCACAGGAAAGAUGGCGGCGCUCGGUGGAGCACGGUGUUUGCUCCGGACCUGCUCCCGGGUACGAAACGUGCAGACCGGCCAGCGAGCAUUGAUGCGAUGCGGCGGGAGAGCGUUUUGUAGCGAAGCACAAGAUAACGCCGCAGCGAACAAUGCGAAGCCCCACCUCUCAGAUCCAGCUGUGCAGGACAUCCUCACCAGGAUAACGGGCCUCGACCUGCAGAAAGUGUUCCGGCCCAUCAAACAGGAGCUGAAGCCGCCCACCUACAAACUCAUGACAGACGAACAACUGGAGCAGGCGGUCGAGGUUGCUAAAGAGCAGGCGAAGAAGCUGCUGCAGAUGCCUCCUGUCUUGCCGGAGAGGAAACCCAUCAAUGACGUUCUGUCCGAAGACAGGAUGCUGGAAGGGAUGGACACGGCCAAAUACGUCUUCACAGACAUCACCUACGACAUCCCACACAGGGAGAGGUUCAUAGUGGUCCGAGAGCCCAGUGGGGUUCUUCGGAAGGCGACAUGGGAGGAAAGAGACCGGCUUAUUCAGGUUUACUUCCCCAGAGAAGGACGCAAAAUCACACCACCUCUCAUUUUCAAAGAGGAGAACCUCAAGAUGGUGUUCUCCCAGAACCGCCACGAGGACGUGCUGGACCUGUGUCUGGUCCAGUUCGAGCCCGACUCCUCAGAGUACAUCAGGGUACAUGCGGCCACGUAUGAGGACUUGGAGAAGCACGGUAAAUACGAUCUACUGCGCUCCACCAGACACUUUGCAGGCAUGGCCUGGUACCUGGUCAAUGCUCGGAGGGUGGACGGGCUGGUGGUGGACAUGCUGAGGAGGGAGCUGUUCCAGGACGCAGUGAGCCUGGUCUCUCUGUUCCACAUGGUUCAUCCUCACAGCGAGUCGGCCCAAGAAGCCGCCAGCCAGCGAGCCACCGGCACCGAGCUGCUCAAGAUCUACGCCCAGAAGGAGUCCCAGCGGUCGGGCUACAUUGAGCUGGCCAUCCAAGCGUACGAGCAGAUGUCUGCCGAGGGCUCCGCCGCCUGACCGCCCCGCGCAUACAGAUCGAUACAUAAAUCCAUCCACACUGAGAAAAACAGAAGACGGAGGCCAGGACGACGUCUCUCCUGUGGAAACAGUUCUUCUGAUAACUGCUGGUGGGUUCAGGAGGCAGAUUUGCCUCUUCACGGAAAGGAAACGUACUCUUGCUAAAUGUGAAGCAUCAGUGUCUGUAUGUGCUGCAAUAUGUGUAAAUAAAAUAAAAA